AUGAAGUUCUUCGGUAUCCUUCCAAGCCUCUUGCUCACCGCCACUGCUGCUCCUCUGGCCCCUCGCCAAGAAGCAAUCCAAACGACCAACUUCUCCGCCGCAACUGUGCAAGGCGGACCCGGCGCCUCCAUCACCUUUGACGUCGCCUUCCCCUCGGGCCCCAGCACGACCUGCAGCUACAGCGACGAAACAUCGGGCGCGGCGCUGCCGGACGUCUCUCCGUACGUCGCGUGCGCCGACGGGCGCGUCUCGUGGCAGUUUCGCCGCAUCGUCUCGCGCCCCGGCUCCGACGGCUUCUACCUGCUCGUCGUGCGGUACAGCGACGGGCCCAACUCGCGCGCAGGCUCCAAGGAGUGGCAGGCCUCCGAGUUCCCCGUCGUCGUGGGCCAGGAUGGCGUCCAGGAGACCGUGUACGGCGGACCGGCGAAUUUCCCGCUUGCCGAUGCUUGA